UGAAUGUUUUUUUUUUCUUUGGUGUGGUUUAUUCAACAUUUUAAUUCAAAUUAACUUCUUACACCUAUUUACAAUACAUUUCUAGAAACAAGAGGGCCAAAGUAGCAUAAUUGUACCGAUUGAAAUGUAACAUUUAUAUACAAAGUUUAUAUUAUGAGUAAACCGCACAUUUAGCAUCACCAAUCAAAUAUAAUGUAAAUAAGAAAUUAACCUCUUGGAAUAAACAAUUACACACCACAGUACUUUUAAAUAUGGAUGUAGAUUUGUUACGGCCGGGCACAGUGCCUAUUUCCCCUGAUACAAUACUGUGGUUCGAGUUUUUGUUGGACCAAAAACUUCUCAAGGAACAUCUACAAUACCCUAACCCAGAACCAUCAGCUACCGAUUUGAUAGUAGAAUUCUUGUCGGUGGACACUAGCAAUGGGAUAUGGAAUGGUCGGUCUAGUGAGCGCGUGCUGGAGCCGGAUGCGCCCCCCACGCCACCUUCCUCACGCAGCCCCCAACAGCCCGUUAUCACAAGGAAGCAACUUGCCCUUAAAAUACUUGCACUUAAAAUUGCAUCCACUCUUAAUUGGAAUUUAGAUACUUUUGAGGCAAAAUUGACACCUGUUAUUCAACAACAACUAGUGCAAGAUUUGGUCUUCAUGGCUACUGAUGGUGUUUUCUCUGUACCACCACAGGACAUUUCUAUGAACAUGAUCAACAAGCCUCAUGUACAGUUUGCAUUGACUCUGUACCACCGCUGGAUCUUGAGGUUUCCAGUAAAAGCUGCUCUCCAAGCAAAGUCUGCCAAGCUCCCAUUUAUACACCACCCAGGUAUACCUCUGGAAAAUGGCUAUACCCAUAUAAAUUCAAACUUUGAUAAAAUUUUGAGAAUGAAUGAAAAUUCACGCAGCCAAAGCAUUAAAUACUUGGAGGAAGUCAUUGCAUAUUACGAUUCUCAAUUCAGUAAUCAAGAGAGCAAACAUAUCAAAGUUCCAAUUAUGGAGACUUUUGUACACCUAACUGAAGAUACUGACGUCAUGGCUCACGAUUGGGACGCUGGCAAUGUUUACGUUAGCCAGUAUGAACUUCUAAUGCAAAUCCAUUUUGAUCUCUGCUACAACCACUUUUUCUAUGGCCAACAUGAGAAAGCUAAAAAACACAUAUUGGGUUGUAGAAAAAACCUAAAACUGCUUGAAAGUGAAGUAAACAAUAAAGGUUAUGGCAAGUAUAAUAAAAUCCCAUGGGGAAGCUUAAACUAUGCAAGCGUGUCGGAAGAAGAUAUUUUGGGAUACAUAAGAGCCCUCAAUUUAGGCCAAGAGUUGUUAGAUGAGGAUAGGUCUCUGUUACAAAGGCUGCAGGAAUGUGUAGCAAAUGACUACACAGGCAUCAUUGCCGUCUUGCAAGCAGACAAUUUGUCUAGAGAAAUACCAAUGAUCCACAGACAAGUUGCAGAGCUGGAUAUACAAGCUGCCGCCUCCACUGGCGCUGUAUCAGUGCCCAAAGACCUUGUGAUCCGAGUGUCGGCAUUAAACGCUGUCAGGUAUGCUCUUGAAGGGGGUUUACCGUCCACCCACCCAGAUUUUCUAAACAAAUUCAAAACCGUCGGUAUCAAAUUUAUCGAUGUACUUUUUUGGGCAUUAGCUCCGGUUUUGAUGUCUACCCGUUUGUCCAAAGAUGACUGGGAAAAAUUGAGAAUGUUUUUUCUACAUUUAGCCACCUCGUCUCAAUGUAGAUUGCCGGUAGACAGAAUAGACGAAUAUUUAAAGAAACACGUAGGUAGUCGUGCGUCGGAAAUCCGAGCGAAGCUAAUUUGUGACGAACAUUUGGAAGCUAUUAUAAACGAUCAGAUCAAUAGUGAUGAUGAAAAUAUGCACAUACCGCGCGAAUUGCUCGCCGACGACUGGGAGGCGACCGACUUCAAGUACAAGCACGCGCCCGACUUCGAGUACAAGGCCGCGCCUGAGCUAGAAAUGGGGCGUCUGAAGAAGCGGCUCGUGGAGGCGUCCAGCGCCGACGACGUGCGCAUGUGUCUAGUUAAGUUGGCCAUGAUGUCGCCCUCCUCGCCGCUGUGGAAGCUGAGCCCUUACUGGAAGCCGAUUGGGAACCUGAGCGUACUGCUGGCGUCGCUGCCGCGGGGGUUCCUGCAGGACUUCGGCGUGGUGGUGUCGGGUGCGGCGCGUGCCCGUGCUGAGGCGGGCGGCGCACGCGCAGCGCUGUCGCUGCUGUCGGUGGUGGAGGGUGAGGCGCGCAGCCAGCUGGCGGGCGGCAACGACCCCACGCUGUACCGGCUGUGCCGCGUGCUGGCUUGGGAGGUGCUGCUGCUGCAGGUCAACCUGCUGCUUGCCGAGUGGCCGCACCACCGGCUCAAUGUCACGCUGCUGGCCAACAAAAGCAAGGCCGCUAUCGCCGCCGCCAACUCCAACGAUGCAAUCGGCCCGCGAUCGCAGGUGGUGCAAGGGGCGUGGCUGUGCCUGCUGAACGUGUGCGAGUGGGAGCCGGGCUGCGCGGCGCAGGCGGCGGGCGCGGGCACGGGCGCUGGCGCCGCCGACGUGGCCGCCGCGCUGUGCGCCUCCUGCGCCGAGCUGCAGCGCGGCAAGGGCGCGCGCAAGUUCCCUCGCCCACUGUGGGACCACGUGCUAAACACAUUCAACAACAACUUAAACGGCCCCUCGAAACGUUCCAUACACAUGAACAGCCACCACCACCACGGGCUCCCCAACCACGCCAACCACCACGGCCAACUGGAGCACCGCAGCCCCUACCACCUGCUCCUUCAGGCCUUGAGGGAGCCUCUAGCCAUCAGCGUGAUGCUCUCGCUCCUCGCUAGAAUAUACAACGUGAUUGUCGACGACUCCUCCCUCGAGCUAGUCGUGGAGUACACCAACCUCUGGCCUAACAACAUUUCAAACGUCAAUAACUACAACCCAAAGCAUAUUCUGGAGUCGCUGACAGAGUUGCUGGAGAGGAGUUUGAAACUGUACCCAUAUAAUACUUCUUGGCUGCGGUUGUACGGCGACGCGGAGAUGGCGGCGGGUCGUCACGGCGCAGCGCUCCGGCGCUACCUGUGCGCGCUGGCGGCCGGCUCGUGGCACUUCGCCAAGCGCGCGCCGGACGAGGGCGGCGUGGCGCGGCGCGCGGCGCGCUGCUGCCAGGCGCUCGCCGCGCCCACGCAGGCCGCCGCGCUGUGCCAGCUGCCGGAUGACCCGGACUACACGCCCGCGUUCAAGUGUCUCGCCGAGAAGACGGGCAACGCGGCCGACUCGAUGGACGCGUACUACGGCUGCCUGUGGGACGGCACGCUGCUCGAGGUGGCGGUGGCGCUACACGCGCGGCGCGGCGAGGGCGGGCGCCGCGCGCGCGCCGUCACCGCCGCGGGCGCGCUCGAGCUCAACGCCAACAACAGCGACGACAUCCAGCGAGAAGCUGCCGCCAUACGGCGCGCACGUCUGCUCCGCGCGCUCACCAACCAGUACGUCUGCUAGGCUGAGCGCACGUACUGCACCAUAGGUAUGCGGCCCUUUUACUACUUGGUACAACCUGCUACACCUGCCACCUUCGAGUACAAUCCAAUCGUUCAUUCAGAUGGUAAUCAAACAUUAAUAGAAAUGGGAGGAACCAAAUCUCGCAGAUUUUUUCUUAAACAAUGCUUAAAGCAAGAAAUCUUCAAUAAAUAAUGACAUCGACGCGCUUAAUGUGUAUCAUUUCGCUCAUCAUACGAUUUGUAUCAUAUAUAUUUAAAAUUCAGUAUUUUAAUGUUAUUUUUGAUGUCAUAGAGUAUUUCUCUACGUAGGAAUACAUUAGAUCCCUUCCCCAUAUCCAUCUUAGAAAUAAGUAUCAAGUUUUAAUUUAGAGCCGAAUUACCAACCGUACCGUUUACCUCUGGCAUAGUUAAAGGAAUAAUAAUACACACAAAGCCCAAAUAAUGCAACAUAUCGCAGACAGUGCAUGAUAUUGUGCAACUUAUGAUUCAUUUGUCUAUGCCUCAGAUUUUUGAGUGUAACAGUAAGAUGGUACUUUGUAUUUUUAGUUAAAUAAAUCAACUAUGUAAU